GGGAAAGACUAAAAAAUGGCGGCGGCGGCGGCGGCGGCGUCCGCUUCGACGGGCCUGGCUGGAGGCCGAGCGCCGCGGCGGACGGCAGGGAACCGGCUCUCGGGGCUGCUCGAAGCGGAGGAAGAGGACGAGUUUUAUAAGACGACAUACGGGGGCUUCACGGAGGAAUCUGGUGAUGAUGAGUACAAAGGCGACCAGUCAGACAGUGACGACGAAGUAGAUUCCGACUUUGAUAUUGACGAGGGAGAUGAGCCCAGCAGCGAUCAGGAUGACAAUGAGCCCAAGCGGAAGCGGAGGGUUGUCACCAAAGCCUACAAGGAACCCAUCAAGAGCCUGAGGCCGAAGAAGGCAGACAUUCCUGUAAGCAGCUCUCAGAAAGUGAGAGAGGAAAAGCUGGCCCCAGCCGAGCUCCAAGAUGACCUCGGAGACAGCCGCAAACACAUGCGCCAGUCGACGACCGAACACACGCGGCAGACCUUCCUACGCCUGCAGGAGCGCCAGGUGCAGUCAAAACGCAAAAAGGGGGCGGGCCCCAGCUACGACCGGCCCCUGACCCAGGAGGAGCUGCUGGAAGAGGCCAAGAUCACAGAGGAGCUCAACAUACGCUCUUUGGAAACAUACGAACGCUUGGAAGCAGACAAGAAGAGGCAGGUGCAGAAGAAGAGGAAAUGUGUGGGGCCCACUAUCCGCUACUACUCGGGGACCAUGCCCCUUGUGUCCGACCUCGGCUUCAAGGAAGAGAAUGUGGACGUUGAGGGUUUGGACCAGGACAUGCAGCCCCCACCCCUGGAGGCCCCACCAGCACCCUCCGCCUCGGCCGCCAAAUGUUCGCGGACCUUCGUCACUUUCAGCGAUGACGAGACUUUUGAGCGCGUCUUCCCGAAGUCUCGGGCCCCCAAGCUGCCUGUGAAGGAGGUCUGCCCCGUCACCCAUAAGGCCGCCAUCUACCGUGACCCCAUCACUGACAUCCCGUACUCCAACAUCCGGGCCUUCAAGAUAAUCCGCGAGGCCUACAAGAAGUACAUCACAGCCCAUGGCCUGCCCAACGCUGCCGCAGCCGCCCUUGGGGCAGGGCCUCCCAUGGCCGACUCCAGUGUCCGAGCCACCAGACAGAAGAUCAUCAUCAAGCAAAGCAUUCCGAAUACGUAGGGCAUGGGACCUUCCUUGCUGACUCCCCGUCCCGUUUCCACGAAACAGCUGUUCCUAUUACUAUAGCAAACACGACAAAUAAAUAGGCAUGGCAGUAAGAACUGUCCUUCAAGGGAGAAACAGAGCCUGGUUAUAAGGUCAUUGGAAGAGUUUCUCAAAUGUUCCAGUUUUAUUCUGCUCACUUCUGUUCAAAUACCAUUAGAACAAAGAUAAUCUCUGGUCAUAAUUCCUUUUCCAGUAAUGUGGUCAUUUUCAGAAAGUCUGUCGGAAGCAGCCCAUCUUGUUUCCGGCGUUUGGCAAGCCAGAUUUUCCCCAAGAUUCACAAAUCAGCUGCUAACCACCUGCAAUUUCAUUUGCACCACAGCGGCCUCGUGUUAAAAUGCCCGAUUUGAUUGCCUCUGUGUUUGCGAUCCGUUCUUAUCAUACCACCACCAGUAAUAUUUACAUACAGCUUAAGAUGCAAAAUCCCUGAGUAGCUUACACAGUAUGUUAAUUCAGAGAGAGAAAAUGCAUUUAAAACCCGAAAUACAAAGAAAUGCAUCAGUAAAAAAUGGAGAAGCCAUCAAUGAAACAUUCCUUUAAAUAUCAAUAACCUCAGGAACAGCACACAGAAGGGAGCCUGACCAUUGGCCGGGUUGACUGGGGCAGAGGAGAGUCCAAACAACAGCUGAAGUGUCACAGGUUUCCCAUCCCAGGUUUAAAAGAUAAACCCAGCAAUGGGAUUUUGGCAAGGUUCUCAAACCAGACAACCAAAGCAUUUUAAUCAAAAUGUCUCCUUUUAAAAAAAACAACCAUAACCAUCGCCCCACAUUUUUGGCACAAAUGCUUCUAUUGACUGCUCACAGGUCGAAAAGUGCCCACUAUUCCUAGCUAAUUUGUUCUGGCUGCCUAAGAACAUCACCAAAGGGUGGGCGUUACGCAUCCAGCAAGCCACGAAACUUGUAAGUGCAGCCGAUUGCAGUGGGGCUUCCUAUCAAGAGAGCCCUGCUUGCAGAGGAGCAGCAUCUGCAUUUCCUUCGUAGCCGCACCCUUCUCUCCUGUUGCAUGAACUCGGUCGCCUUGCGGGUCAAAGGGUGGACACUUACCAGACCAAAUGAGGCCCACGCCUGCUGCAGGAGAGGGGGAGGUUUUGUGGAGGUCUUUCCACGAGGGCCAGAAGGUUGUCUUCCUUUGCAAAUUGGGGGAACGGGAAGCUCUUUUUGUUGGGUCGAAGAAAAAGGCUUCAAGUCUUGACUGGAUGGUCAAACGAGGCUCAGCAUCUGAGUAGGACACAGGCGUGUGGGAGCAUGAGCCUGCAGCCGUCGAACGAGAGCUGUUAGCGAGACAUAAAGUCCUGCAUUUUUUAAAAUCAACUUGCAAAAAUACUAUCAUUUUUUAAACAGUUUCAGCAGCCUGUAGAACAUUUCUCUGAAAAUAAACGGCUUUGAUG